UUGCAAACAAUUGCUUGUUGCCGACAAAACUUUUGAUUGUUGUCAGCGGUGUUUUCAUUCCUGAAUAAGAAAUGAAAAGCUGUAGUUUGCACGCUUUGCUGUUUCACGUUUGAAAGUAGCCAUGUUAGCUGAGGAUUCAGGAGCACCAUGGAAGCCCUCGACCGAUAUCAAAGAUCCAGGGAUUCACCAGAGGCACCGGGGUGAAAAGCACCAGCCACAAGCGUCCAGCCAAAGCCGCUGUCUCUCAGGGUUGGAACUGAAGUCAGAGCUGGUCUGGGAGGACUGGGACCUGGGGAGAGAGUUCACCAAGACAUUAGUGUUAAAGAAUAUCCAUAGCAAGCUGCAGAAGCUACAUGUCAGGCCUCCAGUGUCCAAGUUUUUCACCACCUUCAUUCGUCAAAUCAUAGUUCUCAGCCCAGGGACUUCUUUCUCCAUGCCGGUCUGCUUUAGACCACUCCAGAGGUGUGAGUAUGAAGACAGCAUUGAGUUUCAAAGUAAAGAUGGCAGCUUCCAGGUAUGUCUCCGUGCCAUCAUUCCCUGCCAUGCCCUGGAGGUGCCUGACUCCGUGCUGCUGCCACUCUGUGCUGUUCAAAACUCCUCCAAUACCAAUUUCCUGCUCAAAAAUGUCAGUAAACUCCAGACAUGCUUCCAGUGGAACAACACAGCACUGUUCCAGAUAAGCCCUGAGCAAGGCCUGUUGAAGCCCGGUCAGGAGUGUCACAUCACUGUGGUCUUCCGACCACAAGAGGCACUGGUGUACCAGCAACAAGCCAACUGCAGGUUUGGAGAUGAAGGGGACAAGGCCGAGAGCUGCUGCAGUGUGCUGCUGCAGGGAAUAGCCAAAUACCCAUGUCUUCAGCUGAGAAAUCCAGAUACCAAGGAUGACAAAGAACAGUGUGGUCCAGAGCUGCACUUUGGCUCUGUGGCUAUCGGACAAAGUUUGCAGAAACACUUUGACAUCUUCAACCCCUCCCCUGUAACUGCGUCAUUCUCUCUUUCACGACUGUCCAGUGGGGCCCAUUUGUUGGAGUCAGAGUUCAUCUGUGAUGUGACCAGGGGUAAGGUGGCACCUGGAGGAUCACUACGGGCUGCAGUCACCUACACUCCGGCUGUGGUGGAUAGUGUCUCUGUUGAGUACUUAUCUGUUAAAUGUAGAGGGGCAUUAAAUGAAACUCUGCUCAAGCUCACUGGAAACAGUAUUGGUCCCAAAGUUUCCUUGUCCUCCGCUGUGGUGGACUUUGGCUGUGUUGAGGAAGGAGGAGCAGUCGUACAGACAGUGGAGCUGGUUAAUUCUGCGCCUGUUGAGGCUUUCUACCAAUGGGACCUUGACUGUACUGGGAACAGUGUGUUUAGCAUCCAGCCAGCAAGUGGCACUUUAUGCCCACACAGCCAUACCACACUCAAGGCAGUCUAUAGGCCCACGCAGCCUAUUGCACAUCAUAGGAGAGUGACAUGUAUCAUACUGCACAGGGACCCCAUAUUCCUUGACCUGAUAGGUACCUGUCACUCAGAGCUCCAGCAUCCAGUGAUACUGAAACCUGAGCACUUGGUUCUUUACAAGCUCCACUGGUACCACAGACGAGACCCGCCGGACACUCUCACAGCCAUGCAGCAAGAAAAUAAAGUAGACUUGGACCAAGAGGGAGUGCCCUGCCUGGGCGAGGAGCAGUCACACCCGGGACCAGGCAAGAUAACUCCUAUGGAGGAAUAUUAUCAGUCCUGCUUGGGUUGCAUGGAUCCCCUCUCUUGCAGUUCUUUAUCAUCCCCACAUGUAUCUGUGGUGCCCAGUGAGCUGCUGUUUAAUCACAAAAUAUCCUCCUCUCUGUCGUCUUCAUCCACUUCUUCUCUGCCUGUCUCCAUCACCAACCACACCAGGGGGAAACUCGGCCUGGUGUGGACUGCUGCCCAAGACUCUCCGUUCACCGUCUCUCCCCCGUCAUGUGACCUGGCUCCUCUAAAAUCCACUUCAUUCAGAGUGACCUAUGACCCCAAGCAGCUCAAUACUCUGCACGGAGCGCAACUUGAGUGCUUUGCAUACUACAAGGACAAUCGUCACAUAGAGGGGCAGCUGCUGUGUCCACCCUGGUGUGUGACUGUCAGAGUCAUAGGCCAUUCCUUUCUGCCAGGCAAAGAGCAUUUCAUCCCAUGCUGCUCCUUGCAGCCUCCUCAAGUGGCGUUUCCAGCCCUUAGUGUUCUUUCCUAUCGGACAGUGCUCCUCCAGAAUUCUGGAGAGCUGCCCCUCACUUUCUGUCUGGACCACAGCUCAAACCCUGCAUUGGCAGAAUCUGUGUCCGUAGUGCCGAGCUGUGGUCUGCUCCAGCCUGGGAAACACCAAAUCCUCACCCUCAGAACAACGCCCACAGAAGACAGUCCCAAACAGGGAUUCGGUUUACACCUUCGGCUCAACGCAGCUAAACACACGAAGGAACUGACAGUUGUCAGUGUGGUGGAAAAGCUGUGCGUGUCUCUGGAAGGAGACAACAGUUUAUAUUUCCAGCCAACAGCUGUGGGCUCUCGGACGCGGCGCUCCCACCAUAUCAGGAACCUCAGCCGCCUACCUCUACGAUUCCAAUGGAGCAUUCCAGAGCCAGACCAGGAGCUUAUCUUUGUUGAACCAGAUGCUGGCGAACUGCAUCCCAAUGAGAGCUCAGUCCAGAUAUGGUCCUUCAGCCCACUGGGAGAACAAACAUACACACUCACGCCUACUCUCACCUUCUGGCCGAUCCAGGCUCCUGGAUGUAACAAGUCACACCGCACCCUUAACGUGGUGGGGUUGGGCUCUAAAGGAUUCAUCGAGGCGGAGACAGCAGUUCUGGAUGUGGGAGAGAUUCUGGUUGGAAGUUGUCGGGCAAUUCAGCUUCCUCUGGUGAACAACAGCCCGUGUUCUGUCUCCUAUUGCCUCUCUGUACAGCAGAUACUUUUGGAUGCGGGUCUUACUUAUGACCCCGGGACUGAGCCAAAAGCCCUGCAGCUGGACUGUGAGAGGGGAACCAUCGUCUCACACUCCACUAUGCUGCUCCGAUCCACUAUCAGACCACACAGACGAGCCCAGUACCUGUGGACCAUCAGCUACCAGAUGCUGAAUGCCAGUGGAUUUGUGUCAUCCCCUCCUCAUGCAGUGUGUGAAGUGCGAGCUAAAGGCGUGUUUCCCACCUUACAGGUGAUCGAUGUGUGCAGCGGUGGCAGUGUGGGCAGACUCAGCAAGGCGCACCUAUGGGAACUCUUCUCACUGGACAGCCUUAAUGAGCACAUGCUGUCCAACCCUUCCCCUGCUGAACUCACUCACAGAACCCCUACCAUGCACAGUCUGAGUAGUUUUCCUUCAGUCUUCACCAAAGAUAUGUUGGAUUUCAACUUCGGUGCCACUCCCAUGAAUUCAGAGCCCUCCAUUUUUGUGUUGAUGUUUCACAACCCGGGCUCCAUCCCGGUAGACUGGGCUUUCUUGUUUCCAGCGGACCAACAGAUAGAGUUGGACUACUGGGCAGAGACUGGAGAGUUUAGCAGCACUGAACUGUACCAGAUGAAGGUUCAAGACAACCACCUGUUCAGCAUUUCUCCCCGUUCUGGCACUUUGCUCCCUGGCCAGCAGAGGGCAGUGCACUUCACCCACAGCCAUGACUCUGCUGGGAAAGAUCGGCUUCCUGUCAUGCUCAAACUGUCUUAUGGUAGAGAGACGUUGCUGAACUUUCAGGGGUUGACGGUGGAGAGAGACAGGCCCUGUCUCCACGUUGCCUCCAAACAACAUGUCUUCACCUCUGUCACUGUUGGGGACCGUACUCCGCCGAAGCAGGUGUAUGAACUGCACAAUUGCGGUGCAGUGCCACUCCGUUAUGAGGUGGACACGGCUGUGUUGUCACAGCUAAAGGUGGACAACUUUAACCAUCCAGUGCUGGUCUGCUUCAAUCCAGAGGGAGAGCUCCUACCUGGGAGGACGGCCAUGCUGGAAUGGAUCUUCUCUCCACUGGAGCCUAAGAUGUACCAUAUGGAUAUUCCUAUCCAUGUCCAGGAUGGAGACUCCACACUGGUGAGGUUUGAAGGAUGUGGGUUUGAUUCUCUCACACUGGGCUCCACAAACCCAUUUAACUGCAGCGAUACUAAAGCACCUGAACCCCGUGUCAAGACAGUGUCCUUCCCGGGACAGGUUGUAAUUCUGUCGGAGGACAGUGUCUCUCUUGGCAACAUCCCAGUCUGCUCACGAUCUUCAAGAAUUCUCUUCCUAACCAAUGUGUCCCACACAGACUCUGUCCACUAUAAAUGGCUUAAGGAGAGCUAUCAGCAGGUGGUGCAGAUCCAUCCAGAACAAGGAGGUCUGUGUCCAGGGGAGAGUGCCCUUUGUGCCCUUACCUUCACCUCUACUGACUACCCCACUUGUUAUCAGCUAGAUGUCAUCUGCCAGGUUAUCCUGGAAGCCUCACUGACUCGCUAUCGUGAUGCUUUGCAGCGAUGGGAGGAAGAGAAAGAGAGACAGCGAGAUGAAUUCACUAUCACAGAUAAAAAUCUUACAGAAACCCAAGGAGUUCUGAUAGAUAAGGAGCCUGUAGCAGCUCCAGUAAAUAAAGGGCCACCAUUCAGGAAAUACAAGACUCUUCCUCCUAUCUGUCCCAGUGGUGGCUGUGAAACGGUGGGCGCGAUAUGUACUAAGAUAUUAAGAGCUGAGCGGCGGGCCCAGCGAGAAACCGCAAAGUCAUUGAAACGCCUUGAACCCCCUCAACCUGCUCUGCUGCAUCUCGGGGUUACAGCACACUCUCACGCCCUUCUGGAGUACUUUUCACACCGCCCUGACCAAUUCAAUGAGCACUAUAGAUGCUUCCAGCCAGUCAAGCCCCAGCGACCUGAAGCCACUUCCUUUCCUGCUGGGCUGCCCUCAACCACUCAUGGCCCUGAGAGAGACAUCACCGUGCAUGUACUCACCUCUCUGCUCAGGGGCGUACUAGACGAUCCAGCCUUCACACAUUAUCUAAUUACUUUGCCGUCCAAGCCCAUCCCCCACCGGCUUCAGGAAACUAGUUCCUCUCACUGCUCCUCAUCUCCAUCCUCCCUCCUUCCUCACCUUACACCCAAACCUCACAUUCUGUUGAGUGGGACAGCGGAACAGAAAGAACAGCACAACGCAGUGGACAGUGAGGGAACUGCGGGACGUUCGAAAAACGAGCCCCGAACGCAAAACACGCCACACACAGAGCAUGUGCCUGCUGACAUGUGUGAGGAUGUUUUGCUGAACACCCUCCAGAACCUGAUGAUGGAAGCUGUCAGAGGAGAGCUUGUCCUUACAGCGCUCCCCCGCACUGUUAUCUUGCCACCUGUUUUUACCAGAACCAGGAAGAUGUCCAAAGCCAUGGCGGAGAAGGAGAGAGAAAUCUUGAGGAACGGAAAGGAACCAGCAGGGACUCACCAUCUACCAAACAUCCCAAAACUCACUCUCCCUCUGUUAUUCAUCCCAACUGCAAGCUCAUGAGGAACUUCACAAUGGAAAUGAUAUAAAAUGUUCCCACAGGUGACUUGGCCAUGAUAUAUUGUAUACUACAUUUUGUUUAUCAUUGUAUGUCUGAAUACAAAAAGCACGACCGUAUAUUUAAAUGUUGUCUGUCUGACUUCAUUCACCAAUCUUAUUGCACAUAACCAUUUACAGAACAUUUGGAUUGUAAUUUUAGCAUAUCAGGUUUAUUCCCAUUCCUUUUCUUUCAAAAAUACCUCAAUUGCAUUUUUUCACAGUGUCUGUCUGUCUAAUCAAAUCACUAGCAAUAGCAGUCAAUAACAAUAUUGGUGUUUAUAAUGUAGGGGAACUUCUUGACAUGUAAAUCUGUUUAUAAAUUUUUUCACAACAGAUCUGAAAUGACUUACACCCUGUACAUGUUUGGUAAAAUGUUCAAUCAACUGAAGAAUCAACCACCAGUUUAAUAAAGACAAUAGUUAAACUAAAAUUGGUAUAUCUUCAAAGUCAAAUAAAAGCAUAUUCCAAGUCACACAUUUGUACAUUUCAAACAUCUUCUCCAGUAAAUGAGGUCACAUUAUUUCCCUAUCCCAAAGAAAAUCAGGUCCCAACGGCACAAAAGGGCAAAGGACACAACACCACCACUCAUAUUUUAUAUUCACAUUCAUCACAUAGUCAGUAUUAUGUCCAUUUAAAAUAAUAAAUCAACAGAAUACAAAAAUUGGGCAUUAUUAUUUUCAUAGGUUUUGCUCCUUUAAAAUCAGUGGCAAACUCGGCGUAACAAUAGCUAUUAAAAAUAAGGCUGAACAGAAGUUAUCAGGUGCAAAUAUUAAAUAAAUAGUCACACAAAUGGCCAAUCAUUCAGCUGCUGAGACGGCCAUUUCAUUCAUCUUCAUCUGUUUUUUUAAAAGUCUUUUUUUGCAAAACUGUUUUUCUUAACUUUGACACUCAAAACAAGGCAGGUUGGUUCAUACAAUUAUAAACUAUGAUAAAUGAUGCCUCUGUUACUUGGUGUUUACUGUAUGUGACUGAAAUGUUGAAAUCUGCUUUAUUUACUUGUAUCCUCACAUUAGGAUAUGUAUGAGCUGAAUCUGAAUAUCACAGAUAAAAGUAUUUCCGUUUCUGCCAUGCCAUGUAUCUUCUUCAUAUUGUACAUAAUUAGUGCGCAGCAUCACUUAGCUAAACGUUCAUGCAGUUCAUUGGAAGGUUGAUUGAUUUGUAUAGCAACAUAAGCACCAACUAAUAAAGGUCCGUGAGGAAUCGUACAUUGAACUUGUUGGGUAGCUAACAUCAGUGACUGAACUUGAAGAUGGUGGGAAAGAUCUUGUUGUGAAGAUAUUGGACCUGAUCCUCCUGAGUCCUCAGCUUCUCAAAUUCAAAGUAAGGGAUCUGGUAGAGAAAAUGAUGAGUUGUUAAUGACUGCUAUGUUUCUUACAGUGGAGCUCAUUCAAAAAAAAAAAAAAAAAAACGUC